AUGACGUCUAGGAAAAGGUCUCCGCACGAUUUUAUAUUCAAAGAGGAACUGGGCCAUGGCUCUUACUCUACUGUAUUUAAGGCUUUAGAUAAGAAAUGCCCGAAUAAAAUCUAUGCCAUUAAAGUUUGUUCGAAGAAACACAUAAUUCAAGAGGCUAAGGUAAAGUAUGUCACCAUUGAGAAGAACACCAUGAAUCUGUUAGCGCAAAAACAUCAUGCGGGCAUAAUUAAGCUAUAUUACACUUUCCAUGAUGAGGAGAAUCUUUAUUUUGUGCUAGACUAUGCCCCAGGUGGAGAGCUCCUGUCUUUGUUGCACAGAACUGGUACAUUCAAUGACCUAUGGACGCGUCAUUUUACUGUGCAAUUGAUUGAUGCAUUAGAAUUCAUUCAUUCGCAUGGCAUUAUCCACAGAGAUUUGAAACCGGAGAAUGUUCUUUUAGACAAGGACGGAAGAUUGAUGAUCACUGAUUUCGGUGCUGCAGCCACCAUAGACUCUAAUUUAAGCGAAAACUCAACCCGAUGUAACUCCGACGGUAACUCUGUGAAUGACAACCAGAACUGUGCUUCCUUUGUAGGAACCGCUGAGUACGUUUCCCCAGAACUACUCUUAUAUAAUCAAUGUGGUUAUGGUUCGGAUAUAUGGGCUUUGGGCUGUAUGAUAUAUCAGUUUGUUCAAGGACACCCACCUUUUAGAGGGGAAAAUGAGUUAAAAACCUUCGAAAAAAUCGUAGCUUUAGAUUAUUCAUGGGGCCCCAACAAACGCAUCAAUAAUAGUUCACCACCGGUAAAUCCUCUCGUAAUAAACUUGGUACGAAAAAUCUUGGUGGUAGAGGUUAAUGAGAGAAUUCCUCUCAAAUUGGUAAAGAGGCACCCCUAUUUUGCCAAAAUAGACUGGAACGACAAAGCCAAGAUAUGGAGAGGGAUUUGGCAAAACUCACAGGGACAACCAGAACAGCAGACUUCUGGAGCACUUCCCAAUUUACCACAAAAUGUCCUACCCACAAGGCAAUUGCAUGUAAUCGAUACUCCAGCACGAAGUAUACAAAUCACUAAACAAAGGCGCAAGAAGCCAACAAAAGUUUCAAACACAACAAGUAGUAUAGUAGUGUGGAGAAAAAGGCUUGGUAUAUCAGCGGGUAAAGAUGAUUUGGGUACCGUACCGUCGGCUGCCCCUAACGAUAACAAUAUAUUAAAUGCUACGGCGGCAGUGUCUAGCUCAAAUUCUGUUAUACCGCCGAACUCGCAACCCAUUCAAGCUCAGGCUAAACGAACACAACCGGUCGCCCCCACCAGAAUACCUCCUAAAGUACCGAUAAUCAGCAAUAGUGUAAGAAAUAAACCAAUAUCGCGACAAAAUACUGCCUUACCAUCUCCAGUGAUACGAUCUGUAUCACCAAAGCAGCCAACAUCGUCAGUAUCAUCGACACCGUCCGCGCCAUUAUCACUGUCAGCGCCAUCAACAGAGGCACAGCAUCAGGAUGUACCGCAAACUUUAGAUGAAAGAAAUCCGAUUGACCUUUCCAUUCUAAAACAAGACUACGUCUUUAUUUAUGGGAUCCCAUAUAAAGAUGAAGGGCCUGCCAUGUCGUUGAAUAGCUAUAAUGAAAUUGACAACGAUUUAAUAACAUCGCUAGUUGAGCAACACAAGGAAGACCUGAAGAACUCUAAGUUGUUUUUGCAGUUGCUGACUUUGAAAAAGAAUGGAAUGCUAAGUUACAAAAACACAGUUAAGAAGGAUGACGAAAAAAAUCUAGGAAACAAAGAGCAUCUAAUGGCUAAUAUAGAAGAUACAGAUUUGUCCAUGUACGAUUUUGAGUUCAACGAGUUGUCAAGAAAAGGAUUUUUGAUUUUGGAGAAAUAUAAAAAUAAGUUAUGGUUUAUUUCACUACCCUCGUAUUCCAUAUUAUCGAAGAUACCGUUCCAUGUCGUGAAAUCUUUGACAAUAAACAACAAUGAAAAUUGGGUUGGUUGCUUUUUCAGAGCAAGACAACUUCUAGAGGAAAAACAAAUUCUUGAUAAGAUCAGCAAUGUCUCCUUUGACAGCAAAGUAUCUACUCAAUCGCCAUCACCUUCAUCAACAUCAAGAAAAGAUCACACACCGAGCAUAGGCAUUACUGUAGCGCCUCCAAGCCGCAAUUCAAAACAAGGAAGUCAAAACAAAGUGCCGCAAAAUAAUAUCAUAAAGGAAGAAAUGCCUUCCCGUGUACCCAGUAAUGUGAAGGAGAAGCCUUCUGUAAAUUCUACCCCUUUGACCGGACAUCCCAGGGCUUCGUCAGGCAAUGACACCAGUAGAACUACAAGAAGGGCAAACGGAGGAUUACCAAAUAGUGCUCCUUCUGUUAGUGCAUAUAAUAAUAAUACGGUUCCAAUUUCGAACCACCGGUCCACCACUAAUCUAAUGAACAACAAAAGUAAUUAUUCAACAUCCAAGAAAGAGAACCCUCUACCAUCUUCCAGCUCAUCUUCUACAACCAAGUCUCAACCCAAAACGGCGGGUUAUCGACAGUUAGCACCUUCGCCGCCACUUUUCCCCAUGGAAUUUCCAGCUACGAAAGAAAAGUAUUCCGCGCCUUCUAACAUGGUGAUCAGUAGCAGCAGAUAUGAGGUUUUGCAUACUCUCAAUAGCAGCCAGACAAACUUCGAUAGGGAGAUUGCCAGUAGAGGUGCCUCAGCUGCGUUUAGAAGUUUACAAAAGAAUAAAAAGAAAAAAUAA